CUACUGAAAUGGAAUUAAAUAAAUGAAUUUGAAUUGUUAUUUGUUAUCCGUGUAACUUUAGAGCAAUUACUGAUAUAUAUAAGAUGGCAGCUAUAAGGGCAAUCAAAAAGAAAGCAACAUUGAAAAUACAGUGUUUUCCGGUAUAAUGGAUUUCUAAAUAUAGACUCAUAACAAGGAGUAUACAUAUAUAGAACAUUUAAGAAAUGCACAGCAUUUGUGUUGAAAUCUAUGUAGCAUUGUUAUUAUAAAGCACUUUUAAUAAAAGGAAAUGUGGCUAUUUAAAGUUUUAGUUUUUAUUAUUACAAUUCUUGAAAUUUUCCAAACUUCAACGUCUAGCAAAAUUCGUCAGUAUUCCACGGGACGAUCGCUCUAUUUUGCUGGCGAUUUAAAUAAAGAUCAUGUCGAGAAUAUUUCGUUUUUGUUUUAUAAAUCUGCAUAUGAUGCUGACAUAAGCAAAAUCAAAUUACAGAGUACAUUACGAAACUUUUUGGAAAAUCUUCAAAAAAACCUCACAAUAUCAAGUAUAUUGAAAAUAGGCAGAAGUGAAGUGAACUUGGAAAGAUCGCAGCAAAAACUGAAUGACCACAUGGAAUUCUUCAGAACUGCUUCCCAUUUUGUGGAAGAAUUCUCACUUAAAACUGAACAUUUUUUACAAGUUAGUAAAAAUGAGAGUGCUUCUUUUUUAUUGAAACUUAGGCGGGUGCCUACUGGUCACCGAAUAUUGCCUCCACAUAUUAAGUUACAGUUUACUACAUAUUUUGCGGAAAUGGAGUUUUUCAACGUAUUGUUUUUUGAAGUAAUCAAUGAGGGAAUGGAAUAUAUUAUCAAUGCUCUUCAAAUAAUAAGAACUACAUUUGAUGGCUAUGCAGAUAUUCAACGAUACGUUUUGCAAUACUGGGAUUUGGAAUAUGAUAAUUGGUGUUACAACCAAUAUUUUGAAUUUUUGCAGAAGUGGUCCACCCAGAUAUAUAAUUGUGCGACUUCUUCGAGAUUGGAGAUGGUGUACGAUGUUUAUGCAAUGACAGAAACAGUUAUUAAACAUGUCAUGCGCCAGUUAGAAUUCAAAAUGCAACGCUUGUUUAAUUGUUUUACGUUAGACGGAUAUAUUAUUAAAUGCAGUUUUUUGCGCAAUGCUGAGAGAGAUUUCGAAGAAUUAUUUACAGUUUUGAGAGACUUACAAACAUAUUAUGACAUAGCAGUAAAUCAAGGGCGAGUGGAAAUAAAACGAAAACGGCGCAGUGAGACACUUUUACCUUCAAGUGAAAAUGAAUCUGAUGCCCAAAAACUGAAAUGUAUACCAUAUGGAUUUCCAGAAAAUGAAAUGCUUACAAGUCUUAAGAUGUGUUUCAAUAUAAAUAAAAGUACAAUUAAAUACCGGUGA